CAAUCAAAAUAGUCGUUACAAAAAAUUCUUCGCAACACAUACGUACACAUGGGUCACAAUUUGACACAUUCGCUGCUCGCCAGUUAGACUGCAUACCUAUAUCACCUUGUAAAAGGUGAAGCAAAGAGAUAUUUGCAAGAUAUAGAGACACAUCACAAAUUUGGCAAGUCGUCAACGCUAUUAAGUUCGUUGGAACAAAGUAGAUACAGAACAAAAUGGCUGACUCAGGAGAUGGAGAUCUAGACCUUGUCAUUAGGACACCUUGUAUAAACAGUAUCCCGAUGUCCAAGGGGCGCUACUCUGUUUACCUUAAACUGGAGAACCUUCAGAUACCAGGCUCUUUUAAACAAAGAGGAAUCAGUCACUUCUGUAAAAAGGCAGUAAAGAAAGGGGCCACCAGGUUCGUUUGUGCCUCUGGUGGAAAUGCAGGACUGGCUGUUGCCUAUUCCGCUCACUGUCUGAAAGUGCCAGCAACAAUCGUCCUUCCUACCACAACGCCAGAGUUAGUCGCCAAUAAAGUCAGGGACAUGGGAGCCAUUGUUGAAGUACAUGGAGAUGUCUGGGAUGAAAGUAACGAAUAUGCCCAGAAACUGGCCACAGACCCAGGUUGUGUAUAUGUACAUCCAUUCGAUCACCCAGAUGUUUGGGAAGGUCACAGCCCAAUGAUUUUAGAAGCAAAGGAACAGAUGCCUUGUCAGCCAGACGUGGUUGUGACAUCAGUUGGGGGCGGGGGACUGCUGACAGGGGUAGUGCAGGGUAUGUGGAAGGCGGGAUGGAAUGAUGUUCCUUUGGUCGCCAUGGAAACCGAGGGGGCAGAGAGCUACAAAAAGGCAGUAGAAGCAGGGAAACUUGUAACCUUACCAGCCAUUACCAGGUAAAAUUAUGCCAAUGGCACAAUAACCAGGUUAGACAAAUUUGAAAGUCAACUUGAUCAAGUUCAAAGUGACCGAAGAUCACUUUCAGAAAUUGAAUAUUUAAACUAUUUUAUGAACCAAAGUUGAUCAAUAGUCAUGGUCAUCAAGUUAAUGUUAAUAGUAAAAUUUUCUGUCUUUUAAUUUGCAUAUAUGUCUCUUACCUCCUGGUCUUAGUAUUAAACGGCCAAACUUUUUGGAAAAUACCUGUAUCUAUUCCACAUGUUUGUUUCGAUUGCAAUUUGGAUUUGUGUAAAA